AUGAAAACGCAUGAAUUCAUUCGUGCGCAACAGCGCAUAGCUGCCCGGCGAGCGGCUGGAGAAAUCUCACGUCAAGAGCGCCUCUCUGCAGCUAAAAGCUACAUGCAACACGACUUCACUCGGCUUUCACGGCUUCCAAUUCCAAUUCACGAACUAAAAUCUAGCACAGUAUCAAUUUGGAACCAGAUACGUAGUCGCGAUGGAACCAACCCUUCUUUUCGUGUCGGCCAAGUCGACGCAGAACUACUCGACGAAGAACUCCUAGGACUUUUGAAAAUUCAGGUCGGUGACGCCUUUAAGUAUUUUGGAUCGCAUAUUCAAAAUGACUGGGGAGCGGAGAUUGUACUUGUACUAAGGUCUAUACUGUUCAAACUCACUAUUUGGGAUCACAACACUACAUAUGGGGCAGCAUUGCAAAAUUUACGGUAUUCAGACGCACGGCUCAAAGAUGAUGCUUUGAAAGUACCCAGUAAGCUGCAGAAGCUUGCAUACGGCGUUUUAAGUGUUGGGGGAAGUUAUGCCUGGACGCGGUGGGAGGGAUGGCUCUUAAGAAUUAAUGAAGAAUACAACUCGUCAAACCGAACGGUAGCGAAAAUUCUAAAACUAAUUCAAACCCUAGAUACUGUGCACUCCGUGGUUGCAUUCAUAAGUUUUUUGGUAUUUCUUGUCAAUGGAAGAUACAGGACACUGCUAGACAGGAUAUUAAAGUUACGCCUAGUACCUAAAAACAAUCAAGCUAGUCGCCAGGUAUCAUUUGAAUAUUUAAAUCGACAACUCGUAUGGCACGCUAUAACAGAAUUUUUACUGUUUCUCCUUCCUUUAGUUGGGAUAAGUAGAUGGAAAAGAUGGAUUUCAAGGACAUGGAAGAAGACUAAAUCUAUGAUCAUGUAUGGGGUAGAAGAUGAAAGUCUUGUUACUUCCGGAGAACUUGGCUUCUUGCCUGAGCGGACUUGUGCGAUUUGCUACCAGAGUCGGAACCCUAUUUCUUCGUCAAAUAAUGAUGCGAUGAUAAUGAAUCAUUCAUCAGAUCAACAAGACAUAACAAACCCUUACGAAAGUAUUCCUUGUGGGUGUCUUUAUUGCUUUGUAUGCUUGGCCACUGUAUUAGAAGCUGAACAAGAGGAUGGAUGGAAUUGUCUAAGGUGCGGGAAAGAAGUCAGGGAAUGUAAACCUUGGGACGGGGAUUUGAUUGCAGAAGAGUCUAAGGCGAUCUCUGUUUCAAAGACAGUUGUAUUCUUAGAGCCGGAGUUUGUAACCACUCCAGGCGAUUCUCCAACAGAGACUUCAGAGACUAAGAUCUCUAGUACCAACGGAACUAGAAAAGCUGAAUGCCUUCAUAGCGAAACCGAAAUAAGUGGAAUGGCCGACAUUGACAAAAAUGAAAAUAAAUAA